AUGCCUUCCAUCACGUCCACAUCUCUCCUUACCGCCCUCGCGGGCGCCGUGUCGGUUGCGGCCCACGGCCAUGUCCGGAACAUAGUCAUCAACGGUGUCUCAUACCAGGGCUAUGAACCGUCGAUGUCUUACAUGCCGAACCCGCCCAAGGUGGUUGGUUGGACGGCCAGCAACCAGGACAACGGCUUCGUUGCGCCCGACGCCUUCGCCAGCGGCGACAUCAUUUGCCACAAGUCGGCCAAAAACGCGGGAGGCCACGCGGUUGUUGCGGCGGGCGACAGGAUCUUCAUCCAGUGGGACACAUGGCCCGAGUCGCACCACGGCCCCGUCAUCGACUACCUGGCCAACUGCGGCGACGCCGGCUGCGAGACCGUCGACAAGACCAGCCUCGAGUUCUUCAAGAUUGACGAGGUCGGCCUGGUGGACGGCACCAGCGCCCCCGGAUUCUGGGGCUCCGACCAGCUGAUUGCCAACAACAACUCGUGGCUGGUCGAGAUCCCGUCCAACAUCAAGCCCGGUUUCUACGUGCUGCGCCACGAGAUCAUCGCGCUCCACAGCGCCGGCCAGGCCAACGGCGCGCAGAACUACCCGCAGUGCUUCAACCUGCAGGUCACGGGCUCCGGCACCGCUAGCCCCGCCGGCGUGCUCGGCACCAAGCUGUACACGCCCACCGACAAGGGCAUCCUGGCCAACAUCUACACCUCGCCCGUUACCUACGAGAUCCCCGGCCCGGCCCUGAUCGAGGGCGCCGCUAGCAUCGAGCAGAGCUCGUCCGCCAUCACCUCCUCGGCCACCGCCAUCACCGGCUCUGCCUCGGCCCCCGCCGCCGUCGCCACCACCACCACCGGCAACGCCGCUGCCACCACCACCGCCGCUUCUUCCACCACCGCCGCGCCCGUCCAGACCUCAGCCGCGGCUUCGGCUGCCCCGGUCGCCUCGUCGACCAGCACCCGCCCGCGCCCGACCGGCUGCGCGAACGCCAAGAGGCGCCGCCACGCCCGCGAUCUGGCCAAGCGCAAGCUCUAA